UACCAAAAAAAAAAAAGUGGGAGAUAUUUAUUGAGAGAGCACCUGAGAGGCAGGAGGUGACCCGAAAAUAGGUUACCAGUGAGCCUACUUCUCAAAGGAAGUUUUAUAGAGGAUCUUGAAGUGGGUACAACAUGGGACAAAACUGUGAUCAACCAAUAAGAUUACAAGUGUAGCUGCCUAGGUAAUAUUGAUCCAAAGGGAAGGCAGGUCAUGUUGCAGGUGUGCAUGGAAAGAACAAGGACCAUUUUUUUGGAAAAGAUGAGUCAGGAGGUCCUUAUCACUCACCUGGGUGACCGAUGGCUAUCUAGGCUUAUUGGACCGUAGUAUAUUGUUUAUCCCUCAGGGAGGUAUGUAGGCCUAGUCAUUCCAUCUUUAUCUUGAAGUCUGGACUUCAACGAAUGCUCCUCCAGCCACAGUUGUAAUGUGUUCUCAUCGUCUGCAGACUCCCUCGAAGGCCUAGCCUUGACUGACUGCCCACAAUAUUUCUACCUUAGCUGUCUAUAAUACCCUGAAACCAAAGGACCACUUCCUGCUGCCCCUGUGUGCUUCCUGGAUGUCCCCAGGACAGAUUCCCUCUGGAAUGGUUUGCAGGGCCACCCCUGUGUCCUCCAUACCCGAAGUGUCCGGGGCACAGGAACCAGCAUUUAUGGUUAGCGGCCUCUGUGGGGGCCAGGCAGGGGGUGGGGGGGCCGGACGAGACCCACAGUGUGGGGCUGGCCUAAGCCACUUCCUCUCUUUGUUGUCCCCGUGUUUUCUUUUCCUUCUGAGAUUUAACUUGAAGACCACGUCACUUGGCAGUCCUGUAGUCACUUGCUGCCUACGCCUGCCCGGCCACAGAGAUGAUCCUGACUCUGCUGAUCAGCCUUGGGGGGCCCCUGGGCUGGGGGUUGCUGGGGGUUGAGGCCCAGGCUCCUGGCAGAAGCUUCUCUGAUCCCCAGAGACCCAGGCUCCUGGGGCCCCCGGGGACCAAGGCUGAGGAUGGCGUCAGAGGACCCAGCAGAAGUAACUGGUGCCCUUACCAGACAUCCAGGCUGGCCACCUUCAUAGCCGCCUGCAAAAUGGAGAGAUUCCUGGUCCACUCACAGCAGCCGUGUCCGCAGAGCACUCCCAACUGCCAGAGAGACAGAGUCAUGUACCGCAUAGCCCAUAAGCCAGUGUACCAGGUCAAGCAGAGGGUCCUGACAGCCCUGGCCUGGAGGUGCUGCCCAGGCUUCCAGGGCCCCGACUGCCAGCUGCACGACCCCACAGUGACCACUGCUCCUGUGGAACUGGAUGACAGCCGCUUGGAGCCUUGGGAGCAGCCAGCUGGCUUGGAACUUGGCCACCUGGCUGCAGAGCUCAAGGAUGCUGAGGGGAGCCUGACACGAGACCUCCAGAAUGACGUCCACCAGGCAGCUGAUGGCCUUCCAGAUCCCUGGGCCAGUUCAGCCACCGGAGACCUCACAGUGAGGACCACGGAGGUGAAUAAGAUGGAGCCAGACUCCCUUGGCAGGUCCCUGGAGCAGGGGCCCCCGCUGCACAUGGAUGCCUUCCUGCAAGAGCACUUCAGUCCCAUCUGGAGGAGCUUCAAGGAGAGCUUGUACAGCCUCUCCCAGGCCGUGCGGAACCUGUCCCUUGAGGUGGAGGCCAACCGCCAGGCCCUCCAGCACAUACAGGACAGCGCAGUGGCUGGGCCCAACUUCCAAGAGGUCAGUGCCAAGUUUGAGGCCAAAGUCAAGGAGCAUGGCCGGCACAUGGAGCAGCUUCGGCAGGAUGUGGAGGGCCGCCUGCACGCCCAGCACCUGUCUCUGCACCAGGCCCUCACUGAGGUCCAGGCAGAGGUGGACGGCAAGGUCAAGCAGCUGCUCAAGGCCCAGGAGCCCCCGGGGACCAAUGGUAGGCAGGUUGGGGCAGCAGCCAGGCCAGAGCCUGAGAGCCUGCAGGCCAGGCUGGGCCAGCUGCAGAGAAACCUCUCAGCGUUGCACACAGCCAGCAGCCAGAGGGAGGAGGAGCUGGCAGGGACCCUUGAGGACAUGAGGGUAACGCUGGCCCAGCACACGGACGAAAUCAAGGAGCUGUACACGGAGUCAGAUGAGACCUUCGACCAGAUCAGCAGGGUGGAGCGCCUGGUGGGGGAGCUGCAGGUGAACCACACCGGGCUGCGUGAGCUGCGCGUGGACCUCAUGGAGAAGUCUCUGAUCAUGGAGGAGAACAAGGAGGAGGUGGAGAGGGGGCUGCAGGAGCUCAAUGUCACCCUGCAGCAGCUGCAGAGUGGCCACGCUGACCUCACCAGGUACCUCAAGGACUGCAGCUGCCCGAAGCUCUCCUCGGACCCGGAUCCCACGGGCGCCCCAGAGGAGACGCCCAGGGCCCCGGACGUGGGGAACGACUCCUCCCUGCCAGCCCUGCACGCCGCGGUGGACGCCGUGUUGAGCACCGUGGACGUGCUCAGGGCCGAGAGUGAGCACGCGCGGGCAGAGAGGGCCCGGCUGCGGGCCCGAGUGCAGGCGCUGGACACAGAGGCGAGUGCACUGCGGGUGGCCGUGGAGGACUCAAAACGCGACGCGCGCCAGCUGCACAGCUCCUUUGCUGCGCUGCUGCAGGACGGGCUGCGCCACGAGGCCGCGCUGGCCGCCCUCUUCGGCGAGGAGGCGCUGGAGGAGCUGUCGGAGGGCGCGCCAGGCCCGCUGCACCUGCGCUAUGGGCAGAUCCUGGAGGCGCUGCGGGACGCGGCCCGCGGGCUGCAGGAGCAGGCGGUCGGCUGGAACGAGCUGGAUGAGCGCGUGGCGAACCUGCAGCACGCGCGGGAGGUGGAGGAGGCCGGGCAGGGCUGUGAGGCUUCCUGGGCCACCAAGUUCAACGGCUCCCUGCAGGGUCUCCAGGGCGCUCUCUCGGCCACCCAGCGGGACCUAGAGCAGCAGCAGCGGCUCUUCCAUGGCCUCUUUGGCAACUUCCAAGGGCUCCUGACCGCCAACGUCAGCCUGGACCUGGGGAAGCUGCAGGUCAUGUUGAGCAGGAAAGGGAAGAAGCAGCAGAAAGAUCCGGCGGCCGCCCACCGGAGGGAUAAAAAGCAGGUGGCAUCCUUGGAGGGCACAAAAGCCAAAGGCGAGCAAGAGGCCCUGGGUGCAAGGCUCUGGGGGACAGGCUCCCCUGUGGCCUUCUACGCCAGCCUCUCUGAUGGGACAGGGAUGGCCGCCCCCCAGACAGUGAAGUUCAACGCCACAACCAUCAAUGCCGGCACCAGCUACUUCCCCAAACUCGGCUACUUCCAGGCCCCUGAGCGGGGCAUCUACAUGUUUGCAGUGAGCGUGGAAUUUGGCCCCGGCCCUGGGACAGGGCAGCUGGUGAUUGGGGGUCACCAUCGAACCCCGGUCUGUACCACAGCGCAGAGUGCUGGGGGCACGGCCACCACCUUUGCCAUGGCGGAGCUGAGGCGGGGGGAAAGGGUGUGGUUCGAGCUGACACAGGGCACUGUGGCCCAGAGGAGCCCUGUGGGCACUGCAUUCGGGGGCUUCAUGAUGUUUAGCACCUGAGCCACUGAGCUGUCCUGACAUUGAGGCCUUCCUAUACCCCGGCCCAGUGCACCCAGCUGCUCCGGGAACCUUCUGAGACAUGGGGUGUUCCGCGUGUGCCCCAUGCAUGAGAUGUGGUCGUGCUCUGAGGAGACAGGACGGGGCACUGCAUUCCGGGCGGCCUGGUCCCUGCCAGUGUGGCCGGACCCCACAAUCUGCUACAUCCUGCAUUCUACAACUUCAGUGUUUCACUCUCUUCCUGUGGUUGGAAACUUCUCUACAACACCUAAAACCUUUCUUCUGUUUUGCCUUCUCUCUGAGUGGCUGCUAGAAGGAGAAGUUUCAAGUGGAGGCCGUGGGUUGGGGUGUAGCUCAGUGGCAGAGUGAUUGCUCAGCACACGCAAGGCCCUGGGCAUGAUCCCCAGACUGGAGAGAAGUGCAGGUGACAUCUGAGCUAAAAUCCCAAAGCAGUCUCCAGUGACUAGUACAGCAGGCUAAAACCCACCCUCUGGUCUCUCAGAAAAGGAGCAAACCAAUAUGUUAAAAAUAAUAAAAUGCUAUUUUACAAUUGCAUAUGCAAAAAAAAAAGAAAUGGGGCAAAAGCCUGCUGAAGUAGACAAGGAAAAUAAAAUGAGUGUCUUUUGUUUCAGCCACUCUGUCUCUACCUGAAUAUAUCAUUUCAUCUUUUUCUCCUUGCAUUAUCAGGGAAACACCAGGACCUGACAAACAGGGACCAAAAUGUGUAUAGCUGUCCCCGUUCCCACUUCCUCCAGUGUCUUAGGACUUCCUGGCCCUGUCCCCAGCCAGAAAGGGAGGAGGGAAGCAGUAUUAUAAGCCUACCUUGGUGAUGAUCACCUCUGGAAUAGACUCCUGGCAAAUCGAUGCCAUGCCUACUGCCCGAGAGCAAAACCAUCUGGUGAGAUGCAGAGACAAUGUGGGAUGAAAUGAAACUAUGUGGGAUAAAUGUGACUCAGUGUCCCAGGCCGCACUUGACUUGAACAGUUUCAGUCAAUUCUCCAUGAAGUAUCUAGCUGGCUUCGUGCUGGGCAUCAUGUUGAUCCUAGACAGUUUAGUCAAAGUAGCAGUUGUCCCUGUGAUACUAUUAUGUGUGUUCAGUCACCUUCCAUCACUUAGACCAGGUAUCUGACAGCCACAAACUAAACAGAGGAUUGAUUUCUUUUGGCUCACAGUUUUCAGUGGGUUCAGUCCAUGGUCAGCUGGCUCCAAGGCAGAAACAGCAUAGUGGAUGGGCCUGGUGAAGGAAGCUAUUCACUUCAUGGCAGCCAGGAAGCAGAGAGAGAAGGGAGGGGCUGAGGACAAAAAUCCACGGUUCUGGAUCACACCCCAGGAACCACCUCCAACCAAGCCCCACCUUCUAUAGUACAUUCAGCUCUGAACUCAUCCAUGGAUGAAUCCACUGAAGAGUGUAGUGCCCAUGAUCUAAUCACCUUCCACAAACAUGAGACUUGGGAACAUUUUAGAUCUAAACCACAGCAACGUGAUUUUCAAAAAAUUUCAGAUCCUAGAGCAAACAGGCUUGAAAAAGCAGCCAUAGAGCCACCAGAAAAUAAAGUGGGUCUUGGCCAAUAUAAUAUACCCUCACGAAGUCAUGGUUCAGAGUUUGCUGUCUCAGUCAUUCACGAAUUUUUCCUUAGAAACUAACUAAUAAUUGUUUGCGGAAAUCCCCACAAUUUUGUGGAAAAUGCAAAUAUCUCCCACAAUUGUUUUUUUGGCAGGAGGUUUGCAAGUAGCCAAUCUGAGAGCAUUAUUCAGUUCUCCUUGCGGUUGCCCUGUGGAUGCACCAGCAUUCCUGUAUCAUAACAGGCUGCUCUACUGCAUGUAGCUGUCUCAAGUGUUCUCGGUUUUGUUUUUCUAAAAGCCCUUAAGAUCCCUAUGAUGCUGCCCAAAUGCCCUGCACCUUCUAAGGCUUUCAUGUAUUGUAUGGCAUUUAUUUAUUUAUUUAUUGGUAUUGAGGCAGGCUCUAAGGCUUUAAUAAUACAGUAUUUUAUUAAAUUACAUUACAUAACUGUGGGAGACAUAGCAUAUUUAGGGUUUAAACUAUAAAAAUAGGCAUUUAUAGGCAUUUUCUGACCAUAUCUAAAAUUUGUGGGUUUUCACAAUUUGCAGGUGCUCUAGGAAGGUAACCCCUGUGAAUUUUGGGGGUUCACUGCAUCCAAUAUUUGCUGAAUAUACUCUUCACUAUAAGAAAGUCAGAUUGGGCUGGGCUCUGAGAUGGUGGCUACAUUAACAAGAUUCUUAGCACUUCUCUUUUCUUUGGUUCAUUAAUUCAAAUACUUGCCUUUCCCUCACCUCCUGAAUUUAUUUGCCACUAAGCUUUGUGAACUGAAUGUGCUAAAAUAUUGUCAUUAAAACAAGCAGUUUGUAGGC